UGUGAGCCAACAGUUGCGCUCGGUGUUUGUCGUUUUAAAGCGGUAAACUGCUGAAUGAGAGGACAUUUUAUUUUUAACGACUCUUAUUCAACUCUUAUUUUGAAUAUGAAAACCAGCUUGUAAUUUAUUUUCGCAAUGCAUUGAAAUUAAAAAUGAACGAGGCGCUUAGAGAACUACCGACAUCAGUUCUUCCUCACAGAAAAGAAUGUCCCUGGACUGUAGCGUAUUGAACAUCGAGUCAGCGCGUCAUUUCAACGCCGUCUUGAGCUGUUUCCUUCGCAACGGCUUGUGCGACGGUCAUUUUGUGACAUAUAAUGGCCAUGUCAGUCCCGGAGAGAAACUCUGGAUCCGAGGAGAAGGAAGAGGAGAGCGAGGAUGAGAGUGAGAUCGUGGAGGAGAGUCCGUGCGGCCGCUGGCAGAAGAGAAAAGAGCAGUUGAGUCAGGGGAAUGUUUCUGGCGUGGAGAGAGCCUCUCUGGCCAUGGACACUGAAGAGGGUGUUGAGGUGGUCUGGAACGAGGUUCUCUUCCAGGACAAGAAGGACUUCAAGACAGUGGAGGACAAAAUGAAGGAGAUGUUUGAGAACCUGAUGCAGGUGGAUCAUCCAAACAUCGUCAAAUUUCACAAAUAUUGGCUGGAUAUCGGGGACAAUCAUGCUCGGGUUGUGUUCAUCACAGAGUACAUGUCAUCCGGCAGCUUGAAACAGUUCCUCAAAAAGACCAAGAAAAACCACAAGACCAUGAAUGUCAAGGCCUGGAAACGCUGGUGUACGCAGAUCCUCUCUGCCCUCAGUUACCUGCACUCCUGUGACCCUCCCAUAAUUCACGGCAACCUCACAUGUGACACCAUCUUCAUUCAGCACAACGGCCUCAUUAAAAUUGGAUCAGUUUGGCAUCGGCUCUUUGUGAAUGUGUUCCCAGAAGGUGGCGUCCAGGGUAAACUACACCCACACCGAGAUGAUAAGAGGAACCUGCACUUCUUCAGUCCAGAGUAUGGCUCAUGUGAAGAUGACUACGCUAUUGACAUCUUCUCUUUUGGGAUUUGUGCUUUGGAGAUGGCCGUGUUGGAGAUCCAGGCAAAUGGAGAUUCAGUUGUGUCCAAGGAGGCCAUAACCAAUGCGGGCCAGUCAUUAGAAGACCCGCUUAUGAGGGAGUUCACCCAGAUGUGUGUGCGUCACAAUCCCAGACUGCGGCCGACGGCACAUGACCUGCUGUUUCACCGCGUGCUGUUUGAAGUGCACUCACUGAAGCUGCUCGCAGCACACUGCCUCAUCAAUAACCAGUACAUGCUUCCAGAGAACUGUGUGGAGGAGAAGACCAAAUCAUUCGACCCAAAUGGAGUCAUGGCAGAGAUUAUUCACAAAGAUCAUCCUCGCGUUCAGCUCAAGUAUUCUCAUGUUUCUCCUCUAGAACUGGACAAGUUUCUGGAGGAUGUGAAGAAUGGCAUUUACCCGCUGAUGAAUUUUGCGUCCACUCGACCCCAACAUGUACCUCGUGCCCUCUCCAUGUCCCAAGAACACGUGGAGACAGUGAAGACCCCUACACCCGAGCCACAAGAGGCUGAAACCAGGAAGGUGGUACAGAUGCAUUGUAACCUGGAGUCCAAUGAAGACACUACUAAAACCCAUCUCACUCUUUUCUUGAAACUCGAUGAUAAACUCCAUCGGCAGCUCAGCUGUGAUAUUAUGCCAAAUGACAGUUCCAGAGAUUUGGUCAAUGAACUUAUCCAUCAUUCCUUCAUCAGCGAGGAGGAUGGCGACAGGAUAGUGGCGUUCCUCGAAGAUGCUUUGAACCGACACCGGGGGUCUGCUAGUGCCAUAACAACCAUAUGAAUGACAGCGGUCGGUUGCCAUGGCAAUGGACAUUUACAUGCCAGUGGAACCUAAGAGGGAGGCCCGCCAACAGAAAGAGAAGGACAAUGGAAACGAAUGAUCACGUUUGUUAGUUAGUAUGGAUAGUUGAAAUUGGAACUAUGGUCAAAUCAAGAUGACAGAACACGGCUUACUGGUUUUUAUGACAACACGUGAUUGACCAGGUUAGGGGGCUCCAAGAUUGCUUAUCUAAGAUGAUUGUGCUAACCUCCCCGAGUCUCCAUCCAGCACUUCCAGGUGUCACUGUAGGAACCGUCCUUCCCACAAUCCCACGGGAUGCUUAAGGGCAAUUCGGCUUCUCUUGAAGAGAGUCGUACGUGGUGUAGGAGGUGUCAGCUGUGGAGAGCUCAAUAGAUGAAAACUAAUUUGAUAAAGUUUAAUACUGCCAAUCUUCUUCAUUUUGUGGCUUAAACACAGUUUUGUGGAAAACAAGGCCAGAAACAUUCUACACAAUUAUGCCAACACAUUGCAAGUGCACGUGCGUUUUUGUGUUAUUGUGGCAUUAACAAGCCAGAGUACUCAGGAGGGUGAUAGAGUUGCAAUAUAUAUAUAUAUAUAUAUAUAUAUAUAAGUAUAUAUUGCAAUAUAUAUAAAAGUUUG